CUGAGUUUUUUCUUGAACGUAUUUUCGUGAUAAUUAUUAAAAUGUUUACAUUUUAUUAAGUAGCCACGGAAAUGUUGCUUUCAUAAUUUAGAUUAUAAGUAAUUGUAAAGUUUUCUGUAUAAAUUUCAGUGUUAACAGAAUGUUUGUUUGUAGGUUGUCAACUUUAUGGAUUCGUAGGUGGUCUUUCGGGAACGUGCGCCAUUUUAACUAUCUCUGCCAUGGCUUUCGAAAGAUACAACACCAUAUCUAAUCCAUUAGAUGUCAAUGUAAAAAUGAGCAAAUCUAAAGCUUACAAGACUGUUAUUUUCAUCUGGAUUUAUGCUUUAAAUUUUUCUAUUCCUCCUCUCUUCGGCUUGAAUCGAUAUGUACCCGAAGGUUACUUAACCAGCUGUUCUUUUGAUUAUCUGGACGAAAGAUGGCUUCCUCGAGGAUUCGUUUUGGUUUUCUUUGUGGCGGCUUGGUGCAUUCCUCUAGUGAUCAUAUGCUGGUGUUAUUUAGGAAUCUUAAUAAAAGUUAGGAAUCACGAAAAGAACUUCACUCUACAAGAACGUCGAAUGACCAUUAGAAAAAAAGUAGUCAAGAAAUAUUCCACGGAAAUUCGAUUAGCUAAAAUAGCAUUUGGACUAAUUUCGCUUUGGUUCGUGGCUUGGACGCCUUAUGCCAUCGUAGCGCUUAUAGGUGCAUUCUUUGACAGAAAGCUACUCACUCCUUUGUCAUCUAUGAUUCCCGCCUUAUUUUGUAAAUCUGCAUCGGUUGUUGACCCUUUUAUUUACGGUUUGACACAUCCAAAAUUUAAAAUUGAGAUAAAGCGCCUUGUAAAACCUUGUGGUAGAAAAAACAAAGACGAAAUGGUUAGAUCCAGUACCAUGUUUAGAUCUACGAAAUCCAUACAAUCUAUUUCUUCAGAGAAUAUCGAGAUGGAAUUCUUUCCCGAAAGCAUUGUAGCAGACUCCAACGAAUGCAUUUUGUCGGAAAUUAAAGCUGAAGCCAGUGCUGAAGUUAGUGUUUAUACUAUUCCGGUAGUUGACGAUGUUGUCACUCGGGGAGAAGAAGUUAAAACAAGAUACAGAAGAUCAAUUUAAGUGAUCGAUCGCGAAUUAGUGAGAAACACUUUUGUUGGGAAGAAUUGUAGCAUAUCUUACCUGCAGCGGCUGUUAAACUUAGUAUGAUUUGAAAUUCAAAGUGAAAAUAAUUCAUGAAAAUGCAUGAAUAUAGUUAUAGUUUAUAUUGACAAUCAUUUAAGCUUUAGAGUUUAUCAUCUUAAUAUAGUAAAAUCUCGUACCACGUUUCGAAAAUUCAUUAAUAUAUUUUAAAAUAUAAGAUAUACACUGAAUAUGUUUAUUUUUCCC